GAGAGAGAGAGAGAAAGAAAAAAAAAAUCGACCACCACGGGACUACUUCACAAGACUCAUCACCAUCAUCCCGCACGGCACAGUGUUCAUGGCGGAGAAACCAGGAAGCGGUGGCGACGCGGACACGCAGCGCGAGCUCGCCGCCGGCACCGGCUCGUGCUCUGGAUCGGUAUCGGUGUCGAACGGCGAUUGUGGACUCGCGCCGCCAGAGCUGGCUGGAUCGACCGGAGCGGACAACGCAUCAGAGUGCAAACCUGGAAUACCAAGAAAGGCCAGCAUCAUCAAGGAUGGCUCAAGACAGCGCAAAGAGAGAAAGAAGACAGUCUCCUUCAGCAGCAUGCCCAUGGAAAAAAAGAUCAGCAGCGCUAGCGACUGUAUCAACGCCAUGGUGGACGGUUCUGAGUUGAGGAAAGUGCGGUCCAAUUCCAGAGUUUACUAUCGUUACUUUCUGCUUGAUGCAGACAUGCAGUCUCUCAGGUGGGAGCCAUCGAAAAAGGAGUCGGAUAAAGCAAAAAUAGACGUCAAGUCCAUUAAGGAAGUGCGAACUGGUAAGAAUACGGAUACUUUCAGGACCAAUGGUGUUUAUGAUCAGAUUUCAGAAGACUGUGCGUUCUCAAUCAUUUAUGGAGAGAACUACGAGUCUCUGGAUUUAGUAGCAAACACAGCUGAUGUAGCUAACAUUUGGGUGACGGGGCUCAGGUACCUGAUAUCCUAUGGGAAACUUAACCUGAACAUGAUUGAAAGUAGUCAGAACGACCUGCGCUCGUCCUGGCUCGGGGAUCUUUUCGAUGAGGCUGAUGUUAGCGGCAGCAAAAGUAUAAGUCUCUGCUCCGCAGUACAGCUGACCAAAAAAUUAAAUCCUGGACUCAAAAAUGUUAAAAUAGAGCUUAAAAUCAAAGAGCUACACAAAGGAAAAGACAAAAUUGGGUGUGAGGUUACAAAAGAGGAAUUUGUUGAGAUCUAUCAUGAUCUUUGCACAAGACCGGAAAUAUACUUCUUGCUCGUUCAGUUUUCUAGCAACAAAGAAUUUCUCGAUACAAAAGACUUAAUGAUCUUUUUAGAGGCAGAACAAGGCAUGGCUCAGGUUAGUGAAGACACAAGUUUAGAGGUCAUUCAGCGGUAUGAACCAUCAAAAGAGGGGCAGCUAAAGGGCUGUUUGUCAUUAGAUGGAUUUACAAACUACCUUAUGUCCAACGACUGCCACAUCUUUGAUCCGGAACAAAAGACAGUAUGCCAAGACAUGAACCAGCCUUUGUCUCACUAUUACAUUAACUCCUCUCACAACACCUAUUUAAUUGAGGACCAGUUCAGGGGUCCCUCGGACAUUACAGGGUACAUCCGUGCUUUGAAAAUGGGAUGUAGAAGCGUAGAACUCGAUGUCUGGGAUGGGCCAGACAACGAGCCAGUAAUUUACACUGGUCAUACCAUGACGUCGCAGAUCGUCUUCCGAAAUGUUAUCGACAUCAUAAACAAGUACGCCUUUGUAGCAUCGGAAUUCCCUCUAAUUCUGUGCGUAGAGAAUCACUGUUCCAUAAAGCAGCAGAAAGUAAUGUUUCAACACCUCAAAAAGAUCCUCGGCGACAAAAUUCACACAGAUCCACCAAAACCUGAAGACAGCUACCUUCCCUCCCCUAUCGAUCUGAAAGGCAAAAUUCUGUUAAAAGCGAAGAAGCUAGGAAGCGCCUGCACAAGCUCAGAAGGGGAAGUCACAGACGAGGACGAAGGAGCAGAAAUGUCUCAACGAAUGAACAUUGAAGGAGGGGAACAGCAGACUGUAACCCAAGCUAAAAAGUUUCAGCUCUCCAAAGACCUUUCGGACCUGGUGACCUUGUGUAAAUCUGUUCAGUUCAAGGACUUUCAGACGGCAUUUCAGAACCAGAAGCAUUGGGAGAUUUGCUCUUUCAAUGAGGUGUUUGCUGGCAGGUGUGCUAGUGAUUCUCCUGGCGAAUUUGUAAAUUACAAUAAAAAGUUUCUCGCUAGGGUUUACCCCAGUCCAAUGCGAAUCGACUCGAGCAAUAUGAACCCUCAGGACUUUUGGAAGUGCGGGUGCCAAAUAGUCGCGAUGAACUACCAGACUCCGGGUCUGAUGAUGGAUCUGAACAUUGGCUGGUUCAGGCAAAAUGGCAACUGCGGAUAUGUGCUGCGUCCAUCCAUAAUGAGGGAGCAGGUGUCUUAUUUUAGCGCAAAUACUAAAGAUUCCGUGCCCGGAGUAUCCCCGCAACUCCUUCACAUAAAGAUCAUCAGCGGACAAAAUUUCCCCAAACCCAAAGGCUCAGGUGCCAAAGGUGAUGUCGUCGACCCUUAUGUGUAUGUCGAGAUCCAUGGCAUUCCAGCGGAUUGUGCCGAACAAAGGACUAAAACCGUCCAUCAAAACGGAGACAACCCCCUUUUCGAUGAAAGCUUCGAGUUCCAGAUUAACCUCCCCGAGUUAGCAAUGGCACGCUUUGUCGUCCUGGACGACGACUACAUCGGGGACGAAUUUAUCGGUCAGUACACUAUCCCUUUCGAAUGUCUACAACCAGGCUUUCGCCAUAUCCCCCUUCAGUCAUUAACAGGUGAGGUGCUUCCUCACGCUUGGUUGUUUGUCCACGUCGCCAUGACCAACCGACGGGGAGGGGGUAAGCCCCACAAAAGAGGGCUGUCAGUUCGUAAAGGCAAGAGGAGUCGGGAGUAUGCCACCAUGAGGAUACUUCUCAUCAAGGCGGUGGAUGAGGUUUUUAAGACUGCCAUUCAACCGCUUCGAGAAGGAACUGACCUCAGAGAGAACGUGCAGAACUCUAUAGCGUCGUUUAAAGAACUCUGCGGUUUGUCAGCAGUGGCUAACCUGAAACAGUGCAUCCUGGCUUUGGCAUCUCGUCUCACGGGCGCCGAUAACAACCCUCUCGUGCUAUUCAACCUGAAAGAGCAGUACCCGAGCAUGGAGGCCCAGGGGAUGCUGCCUGAUGUCCUAAAGAAGGUCCUUGCUGCAUAUGAGAUGAUGGUCCAGACGAGUAGGACGCUGCUGGAGAACUCGGACGGCGUCUACGAGAGGAUACUACAAGUGCAGAAAGCAGCUAUGGAGUUCCACGAGAAUCUUCACGACAUGGCGGUGAAGGAAGGUCUGAAAGGCAGAAAGCUCCACAAAGCAGUGGAGAGCUUCACCUGGAACAUAACUAUACUAAAGGGUCAGGCGGACCUGCUGAAGCACGCGCGGGCCGAAGUGCUGGAAAACCUGAAGCAGGUGCAUUACGCCGCACUCACCUGCAACUUAGCCAAAGGGGUAACGUCGUCCGGCUCCGAGUCCAGAACCAACCGCAGUCUGGGAGCCAUUUCGGAGCGGGCGUCAGGAGAGGAGGACGUCAGCGACGAUGAUUACGAUGAGGAGAACUGAAGGCGUUAUAAAGCCCUACUGAGAACUGUGACGUAUCAGAGGAAAAAGUAGAGUAAUCUACUAAUAAAGAGGAAAUCAGGCUGUUACACAAUCAGUGUCUCUUCUACACGUUUUUUUUUUUUUUUUAGUCUUUUCCAGUAUCAUUCCAUACCUGUUGGGCCAAAGUGUGCCUCAACAAGCCUCGUUAAAUCCCACCCCACUACCCCAAACCCAAACUUUCCUCACCCAAACUCAGGGUAGUCUAAUAGGACUACUUUUAUUUCUGGAGCCUGCUGAUCGCCUUGCUCGCGUGCUGGCACAGUGUCGUGAUUCACUGCAGUGUUGAACUUAGACGAGCACUUAUAGAGCCUCGCUCCGGGGUCCACCUAUAAGCACAAACGCAACGGAUUUUCGAGGACCUGAACCUGGAGCCGUGAAAAAGAAAGAAAGAAAAGAAAGAAGACGAAAAAACGCAAGAACGAAUGAGUCGAGCUGUUUACAAAAACAAACUUAAGUCAUGUUCUGUCUGCCAAAACAGUAUGUGUAUGUAUGUAAGAUAUAAAUAUAUAUAUGGAGAUCUGUUACCUUUUUUUUUUUUUUUUGCUAUGUGCACCAUUUUAUUGGAGGAGAUUUAUUUUGUUAAGAUAAUCAGCUGUGUUUUAAAGAGAAUAUUUUAUUCGUCUAAAAAGACGAGCAGGAAGGAGAAAUGUAUUCCACUCGUAGGCAGUGUUGGGAGUAACACGUUACAAAGUAACACGUUAGAGUACUCGGAUUAUUUUUUUGAUGUAACGAGUAAUCUAACGCGUUAGGUCCGCCAUUUAAGUACUCAGUUACUUAGUUAUUUUUUCAAAAAUGUAAUCCGUUAUUCAGACAAUUUAUGUAAUCCGUGAGCCAGACAGCAGUCAUUCCCAAGCUAUUAGUAGUAGUAGUAGUAGUUAACAGAUCAUGGGCCAAACUUCACGGAGUGAUAGUAUAUAAUUAUAAGGGUCUUGACUAAAACAACAUGCAUGAGGAAUCACAAAGGAGUUUUUUUUAUUUUCUGCAAUGGAAAAGUACUCGAACUAGUUACUUUAAUCAGAAAGUAACACUGUGAUGUAACUGAUUACUUUUUAAAGACAGGAAUUUUAUAAUGUAAUUAGUUACUUUAAAAAGUAACGUCCCCCAACACUGUUCGUAGGUCAUUCCAUGAAACACACGUUACCUUCAGACAACAGCCAGGUGAGGAAAUGUGUGUUAGAGGUAUAUGGGUAAACUCCUAGUCAGCGUUACUGUCACAGGUACAGUUAGAGUUUCUGGGGAAGAAUUUGCUUACUGAUUUGCUAGAAGGAAAGAAUCCUUUUCAUGUGUUUUGCCUAAGCUAAGCCUGCCUGACUACGGCACACGAGUCUGUCGCCUUUGCCAGUGUUCACCCCCUGCCUCGUCUCGUCGGUCUUUUCAGUGUGCCGGUCUACUGUCGGACCCAGCGAACCACUCCCUUGCCAGUUUCCAUCACGAUACCGAAACAUCAAGGAAUGAAAAAAAAAAAAAAAAAACUAUGUUGUUUGAUACAAUUCAGUGCUGUAAAAGUCGGUGUCUUUUUAAUUGUAGUUCAACCAUUUAUACAAGUAGGGGAAGCGGGUUAGUUUUGAAAACAAGAUAUCAGUUUUGUUUUAACCCCCGUGACUUCCUGAAAGCUCUGAAAUAAACCGUGUUGAAUAA